UGACAUCAGUUGAAUAAUAGCACUGUGCACUUUGUGUUUUACUUUGUUAUCCUCAACGAAAGGAAUACUAAUUUGAUUCGAAGUUUCGAAGAAAAAUAACCUAUACUAAGCAUGUCCCAAUCAAAAAAGAAAUGUAGACAGUACAAUGUUGAUUAUCUGAAGUUUGGCUUUAUUCCAUCAUUGUCGAAUAAACAACUGCCAUUGUGCCUUAUAUGCAACAAAGUAUUUAGCAAUGACGCCAUGAAGCCAUCUAAGCUGGAAGAUCAUUUAAGAAGAUGUCAUCCAGAUAAAUUAGAUAAAGAUUUGAAAUAUUUUCAAACUCUCAAAGAGAAUCUUCAGAAGAGAUCCACGCUGGACAAAAUGUUCACUUUGACGUCACAAAGAAAUGAUGGUGGUUUUCGAGCGUCUUAUAAUAUCUCGCUACUUAUAGCAAAAUCCGGAAAACCGCAUACCAUUGGAGAGCAGUUAAUUUUGCCAGCCGUUGAAGAGGUUAUAAAGACUGUUUUACACAAACCUGCGUUUGAUAUCAUAAAGAAAAUACCCUUAAGCAACAAUUCUGUUCAAAGACGCAUUGAUGAAAUGAGUGAUGAUAUUGAAAACUUCCUAUGUAAAUAUUUGCAAACGACCCAUUUCUCUAUACAACUGGACGAGUCAACUUUACCUGGAAAUGAAGCAUUAUUACUAGCAUAUGUUCGCUUUAUUAUGGAUCAAAAUAUCCACGAAGAAUUGCUAUUUGCGAGAACUUUGGCAACGGACACUAAAGGCGAAUCAAUUUUUCAUGUUUUGAGGGAUUACUUUAUUGAAAAAGAAAUUCCUCUAUCAAAUAUAAUAUCUGUAGCUACCGAUGGAGCACCUGCCAUGGUUGGUCGAUAUCGUGGAUUUAUAAGCUUUUUAAAAGAAAGCGUACCCGGGGUAUUAGCAGUACAUUGCGUCAUCCAUAGACAACACCUAGUUGCUAAAAAUUUGAAUGAAAGAUUGCAUGAAUCUCUGCAAUUUGUCAUUGACGCAGUAAACCGAAUCCGCAGCAAUGCGUUGAAUACGCGAUUAUUUGCGCAGUUGUGUGAAGAUAACGACGAGAACUUCCACCAAUUACUUCUUCACACUAAUGUGCGUUGGCUGUCGAAAGGUUUAUGCUUGGUAAGAUUUUUUGCACUUUUUGAAACUGUUCUAGAGUUUCUCGAUGGUAGAUAUGAAAAUUUAAAAGAAAGUUUAUUAAAAAGAAAAACGGACAUCGCGUAUUUGACCGAUUUAUUUGCUGAAUUGCAUGAAUCUCUGCAAUUUGUCAUUGACGCAGUAAACCGAAUCCGCAGCAAUGCGUUGAAUACGCGAUUAUUUGCGCAGUUGUGUGAAGAUAACGACGAGAACUUCCACCAAUUACUUCUUCACACUAAUGUGCGUUGGCUGUCGAAAGGUUUAUGCUUGGUAAGAUUUUUUGCACUUUUUGAAACUGUUCUAGAGUUUCUCGAUGGUAGAUAUGAAAAUUUAAAAGAAAGUUUAUUAAAAAGAAAAACGGACAUCGCGUAUUUGACCGAUUUAUUUGCUAAAUUUAAUACGAUGAAUUUGCAGUUGCAAGGUGACAGUUUAAAUUUGAUUAAGACAAAGUCGGUCAUUUCAGCGUUUCUUGUCAGAAUUAAAAUGAUGAAGCAAAACAUUGGACGGAGCGAAUUUUCACAAUUUCCCAAUUUAUCCCAAGUAAACUGCCAAGAAGACGAUGUUCCAGUCUAUGUGCAUCAUUUGAAUGCACUCUACUCAGAUUUUGAAACGAGAUUCGAAGAUAUUUUGACGCUAGUAAUACCACAAUGGAUUAUUAAUCCUUAUGGUGAUAUUGAGGAGGCGGAUAUCUCAUUACAAGAAGAAUUAAUUGGAAUAAGUACAAACGAAGAACUUAAGGUAGAGUUCAGAAAGGGUUAUCAAUAAUUUUGGCUUCAGAAAGACAUACCUGCUACAUAUCCCGGAGUGUGGAAUAUCACGAGAAAGUUUUUAAUUGCCUUUCCGUUUUCAUAUUUCGUAGAAAGAGGUUUCAGUGCAGUUACUAAUCUUAUUACAAAAAAAAGAAACAAACUGGACAUAGUAAACCGAGGAGAUUUGAGAUUAAAUGUUACUAAAUUGAAGCCAAAUGUUGAUAAUUUGUUAUUAAAGCAUCAAGUUCAUCCCUCGCAUUGAAUGAAUUAAUUUCUUUUUUUUUACAACACAUUUUGUUUAAAAUUUAAUUAAUAAAUUAGUUAAUGUAUAAAAA